GUUCGUUCGGCACAAGUCUUAAAUUGAAAGUCAAAUCGCGACUCAGGUUCAGACUGUGUUUGGUUCUGGGGCCGUCAAGACGCAAAAAUUAAAAUCAAAGCGAUAUGUCACUCACUGAGCAAUUCAAUGCCGCUGCCGAGAAGGUCAAGUCCCUGACCAAGCGUCCCAGUGAUGAGGAAUUUCUGGAACUGUAUGCUCUCUUCAAGCAGGCCAGCGUUGGCGAUAACAACACCAACAAGCCCGGUCUGCUCGAUCUGAAGGGCAAGGCCAAGUGGGAAUGGUGGAACAAGCAGAAGGGAAAGUCCACUGAAGACGCUCAAAAGGAAUACAUUGCCUUUGUCGAGCAGUUGGUGUCCAAAUAUGCCUAAUGAAUCGGAGAAACUGUUUGCUAAAACAAAAACAACAAAUGAAGAGACUCAAGCUAUUUAUACAACACAUUUUAAAUAAACUUUGUACUAUGUA